AGCAUUACAGCAGCCAGCCUCUCUCUCUCCCUCUCUCUCUCUUCUCUGUCCCCUUGACACUGCAGGGGUGAAUACUGAAUUCAGCAAGCGCUUUGCUCUCCCCCUCAUUCUGUUUUCACAGAGCUCUGCACAAUGCUCAGAUGAGAAAGGGAGAAACAGUGUGUUAGAGAGAGAGAGGGCAAGUUAAAGAGAGCCAAAGAGAGAGCGAGAGGGUGAGCGCAUUACAGAGAGUGAUUGAGGAGAGGACCAGAAACGCGUGCAAGACCGAAGAGUUUAUUGCAAUAGCUACUGGAGGUCUGGAUUGUGCAGCUUUAAUCCUCGGGAGACUUUGUGGGACGUUUGGAAGGUGGUUAACUAAAAUUUCAAGCACCCCAGGAAUUCCAUGGAUGUUAGUUGUUCCGUCCCGCCAAGGCUUUGGAUUCAUCGCUUCUUUGCCUUCACUAUAAAAGUCACCUGUGUCCAUCUUUGCACCUAAAGGUUGUUCCAAUGCUCAUGGGGAACUGUCUGCUGCUCUUCCUCUGGUGCCUCUUAGACAAAAGCUUUGUUUCUCCCCUCCACUCUUCAUCCCAGAGCAGGAUGGGGAAGGAGCAGCACAGGAACCUAAUGGCACAUAGGAAACAUGGCAUGAUGGGAGUUCACAGAGUCAAGAGAGGAUGGGUGUGGAACCAGUUCUUUGUUCUAGAGGAAUACAUGGGAUCUGAUCCACAGUAUGUCGGAAAGCUUCACUCUGACCUGGAUAAGGGAGAUAGUAUGGUGAAAUACACACUCUCAGGUGAAGGAGUUGGCUCUAUUUUCACCAUCGAGCCAAGCACUGGAGACAUCCAUGCCUUAAGGAGCCUGGACCGAGAAGAGAAGCCUUAUUACACACUGAGAGCGCAGGCUGUGGACGUGCUCACAGGCAGACCCUUAGAGCCUGAGUCGGAGUUUAUUAUCAAAGUCCAGGACAUCAAUGACAAUGAGCCAAGGUUCCUGGAGGGCCCAUACUCUGCCAGCGUCCCAGAGAUGUCACCCGUCGGCACAUAUGUUACACAAAUAACCGCCACUGAUGCUGAUGACCCCACUUAUGGAAACAGCGCGCGGAUUGUAUACAGCAUCCUUCAUGGGCAGCCCUACUUCUCUGUUGACCCCAAGACAGGGGUCAUAAGAGUUGCCUUACCAAAUAUGGAUAGGGAGGUUAAAGAAAUGUACCAGGUGGCCAUACAGGCUAAGGACAUGGGCGGUCAGCUUGGGGGUUUAGCCGGGACCACUACCAUCAAUAUCACUCUCCGUGAUGUCAACGACAACCCACCACGGUUUUCUAAAAGUAUCUUUCACUUGCGUGUUCUUGAAUCUUCACCUGUGGGCUCAUCGGUGGGAAGGGUCAAAGCUCAUGACCUGGACUCUGGGAAGAAUGCUGAAGUGGAAUAUAGCAUCGUUCCUGGUGACGGGGGCUCCAUGUUUGAUAUUUACAGCAAUAAGGACACACAAGAAGGAACAGUCAUACUCAAAAAGCGUCUGGACUAUGAAACCAGAAAGGCCUAUACCUUUAAAGUGGAAGCUUCAAACGCAGUUCUUGAUCAUAGAUUCCUACAUUUGGGACCUUUUAAAGACACUGCCACAGUGAAAGUGAAUGUUCUGGAUGUGGAGGAACCUCCUGUCUUCAGCCGGCUGUCUUAUAGAAUGGAGACAUACGAGGACACACCAGUAGGCAUCAUCGUCGGAGCCGUCACAGCUGAGGACCUAGAUGUAGGCAACAGUCCUGUUAGAUAUUCUAUUGAGUGGAGAAAGGACUCUGAAAACCACUUUGACAUUGACCCUGUUGAAGGAACUCUGUCUGUCAGUGAAGCCCUGGACAGAGAGAGAAACGCUGAACACAACGUCACUGUUGUAGCAACAAAAGUUAACAACCCCCUGCUGUCCAGCAAAGUUACUGUCACAAUCAAGGUGCUGGAUGUCAAUGAGUUUCCUCCAGAACUUGCCUUUGUGUAUGAGACGUUUGUUUGUGAAAAUGCAAAAGUAGGACAGGUGAUUCAGAUCAUCAGCGCCACAGACAAAGACAUGCCAGCUGUAGAGCACCGAUUCUACUUCAAAACCCCUUCACAGACCAGGAACAGAAACUUCACAAUCAGGGACUAUGGAAACAACACAGCUGGAGUGGUGACCAGGCGAGGGGGGUUUCGAAGACUAGAACAGAGCAUGUACCUGGUGCCGGUUGUUGUGGAGGACAGCGGGUACCCGAUCCGAAGCAGCACGGGGACGGUGACUGUGCGGGUGUGUACCUGCGACACAGACGGCUCCCUCCUUUCCUGCAAUGCGGAAGCCGUUUUCUUUCCCAUGGGACUCAGCACUGGAGCUCUGAUGGCCAUACUGCUGUGCAUUGUCAUUCUGCUGGUGAUGGUGAUGCUCUAUAUGGGCCUGAGAAAACACAAGAAGAAGGACACUCUGAUGUCGUCCAAAGAGGACGUCCGGGACAAUGUGAUCCACUACGAUGAUGAGGGAGGCGGGGAAGAGGACACCCAGGCCUUCGAUAUAGGUACGUUACGCAAUCCCAAAGGCAUCAAAGAGACGGCGCAGCUGCAAAAAAUAAGAUCAGAGGAUGAGCCUGAUCAGGCUAGUGCGUGCGUCUCCAACGAGGACAGCGAGGACAUCAGAGCCUACAUCCAUCAUUGUCUUCUAGAGAACUCCACACCUCCGUAUGACUCUUUGGUUACAUAUGCAUAUGAGGGAGAGGGUUCGGUGGCAGAGUCCCUCAGUUCCAUUGAGUCUUGGGUUCUCGAACCCAAGGAGGAUUACAGAAAUCUCUGUGACUGGGGUCCUCGUUUCAAAACUCUGGCUGGGAUAUUUAAAGAGCAUGAGGCCAUGGAGAAGGUGGAAAACGAAGCACAUGCUGAGGCACUAAAGGACAGAGUGGACUGAGAGCAUUUUAAGAAGCUCUGUGAAAAACACAAAGUUUAUUUAUUUCAGGCAUGGCACUUAAAGGGAUCGUUCACCCUAAAAUAAAAAUAGUGAUCAUUUACUUGUUCUCAUGUCGUUCCAAACCUGUAUGACCUACUUUCUUCUGUGUAAAGGUGCAGUCGCAAUUGAAAAAAAAAAUUUGCAAUAGCGAGAACUUGUCAGUAGCGUAGCAAUGUAUGAAGGACAGCUCAUACAGAAGUUACUUCCAAACCAAGCAGCUUCUGUUGGUCAACAUGAAUCUGUGUGACCAACUUGAAACUGUUGCAAAAUCUGCAUUGGGAAAUCUUUCACCCAUACAAGAAAUUUCUGAUUGUAUGGAUUCUAGGCGUGUAACGGUACACAAACAUGAUGGUUCGGUACAUACCUCAGUACUGAAGUCACGGUUUGGUAUGGGUUGGGUACAGCAGGGGGUGAAAACUAAACAUAAAAUUGCUUUUUUUUUUUUUAUUAAACAGUGGUUUAUUGAACAAAUUGUGUCUCGUUAAAUUUAAAUAUAAUUAACUUUUUUCUUUUCUUUGCCUUUUCUUGCUCAAGGUUACAGUUAACAGCAGAGCCCAAGCUAUUAAAUUCAGUUGCUAUUUAUUUUUAGAUAUAAUAAUCAGCACUCAAAUAAUAAUAAUAAUUAAAAAAAAAAAACAUGUAAAUUGCAUAUAAGGCAGGUUUUGCGUUAACUUCUAAAUCUAAUUAUAAAAUUAUUACUGCCAUUUUUGAAAUAUAGUCAUUUGCACAGUUACUGUCAUAACUUGUUUUCAUGACAAAUUUAUUUAAACAUUAAAUAACUAAGACAUUACUAACAGGUAAAGUAAAUAUAACGAAUAUAUAAGCUAAUAUAGUGCAUAUAUUUAGUGAAAUGCUCUCCUCUAGAGUUCAUUUCUCUAGUGAACUAACAUGCUGUGGACAGUAAAUGACUUGCCUGAGGUAAAUGUAAUGCUAUGUGAGAUAUUAUUCUCAAGCUGUUUUGUUGAUGUCUUUCCACGAUUUAAACACUGGUUAAGAGAUUACACGUAUAUCUAGAUGGUCUGUUCUUCUUCUGCGCUUUUUCCUUUUGUGGCUGUUAGCAAACAGCGUUGCAUUACCGCGCACGCCCCCUUCUUGGAGUGUGAAUUGCCUGUGACUGACUACAUUCACCAUCUAACUGCAUGAAUCGAACCAGGUCGUCCAUACCGUACGGUUUGGGAUGAAUACAUGUACCAUCACACCCCUAAUGGAUUCCUAUUGAAAUGACUGGAUUUCAACUGCGAAAAAUUCACUGAAUGAUGGUAAACAUGGCCGCACCUUAAAUAGAAGUGUUUUUGUCCAUACAAUGAAAGUCAGUGGGGACGGAAUGUUGUUUUGGACCCCAUUGAUUUUGAUUAAAUGGAAAAAACAGUUGAAACUUUCUUCCACAGAACAGAACAAGGUUUGGAAUGACAUGAGGGUGAGUAAAUGUUGGCAAAAUAUUAAUUUUGGGGUGAAUUGACCCUUUAAAUGAAGAAGUCGUGGCUAGGACAGGACACUCUGACAAGGUUGGCUAUGUGCCUUUCCUAUACCUCAUGCAUAUUUUACACUCCUCUUUUCAUUAUUAAGGAAAAAAACGUGGAACUGUAAUUUUUCCGGUUGCAUUUUAACAUCUGUUUUAUACUUCUCUAAGUCAAAGAACCAAAAAAAAGCCCUCUUUGAUAUAAAAAGUGCCUCAUGAACUGCUUUGUCUUUCAACUGUUGACAUUGUAUUUGCAAUGAUCCAAGCAAGAGCAUUCUGUAACCUCUGUGUACAUGGACUAAGAAGAGGAAAAAAAUAGGAUAAACAUCACAUUCAAAAAAGCGUCACCCUACUGGCUCUCCUUCCAAACAUAUUUACCAGCACUUAGCAGGAAUUCUGCCAGGCCAAUGCCCAGGACGUCACAGUCAGUACUUUUCACAGAUGCCCCAUGAACACAUCCUUUUGGAUCGCCCUCACUGACUGCCCCAGACUGUGCUGCUUGCUUCCAUGGUGAUCGAGUCCCUCCAUCCCUCGCUAUCCUACGGGCCUCUGCCACUAGUUUGAUAGCCACAGGCUCUGUGUGCCUGCUGUCUUCCUGUCUAACUGUUGUGGUGCUGCUCUGACAUCACCCUACAGCGAUUCAUCAAAGCUGUGGCUUACACUAGGGCAGCUGUUAAUUUUGAUUUACGUUUUCUAUCAGUCUCCCUGAUAGAGGAGCUAAUGAGACCUCGUUGUCAAAAGUUAUCAAAAGAGAAUAUGAAAGAAUCUCUUAUUUAUUAUUGAAUAUAUUGUAUAAACUUGUGUCUAUAACAAACUCAAAUGUAAAAUUUUGGACAAUAAAGUUAUGUUUGUGAUAAAUGCUCUUUGCC